ACAAGGUCAGCUGCUGGCAGAGCUGGGGGCCUCAGGCUUUCCCAACAUGGCGGCGCCCAGUGGAGACGUGAGCUGCGAGGAUUUCACCGAGUUUCAGGAAAUACUGCGAGUGACGAGGACCAUUGAUGACCGGAUAGUGCAUGAAUUAAACACUACAAUCCCCACCACUUCCUUCGCAGGCAAGAUAGACGCCAGCCAAACCUGCAAACAGCUGUAUGAAUCGUUGCGAGAAGCUCAUGCCAGCCGGGAGAAGGCCAUUAAGGACUGCAUAGCUCAGACGUCGAACGUGAUGCAUAGUCUCCAGGAAGAAAGACUAAAAGGAUCUGAAAAUCUAGCCAUACGUAAACAACUCAGAAAAGAACAAACAAAGUUAAAAUUACUGCAGUCUGAGCUGAACGUGGAGGAAGUUGUGAAUGACAGAAGUUGGAAGAUCUUUAAUGAACGCUGCCGUCUUCACUACAAACCCCCCAAGAACCAAUAAUUCGGGGCACUAAUUAGCCACAGCGGAAGAGCAGAACUCAGCCCCAAAGAGAGAGAGAGAGAGAGAGAGCAACACAAAGGAACUGUAGACCCAGGGAGUUGAAGGAAGCUGUUGAGAUGAAGUGCAUACUUUCAGUGUAGCUGGAAUCUCUGAACAGUGUUUAGAUUCAGAGCCAAGAUCAGAGUUCGUGAUUGACAAAUCGACUUUUUCUAUGAAAUCCUCGAGAAUGUUUUAUAACCAUUAAAUAUCAUUUUCAACA